UACAAUAUCGAAACAAGUUAUUAUUCAUGUAGAGUAUUUACAGUUCUGCAUUGAAAAACCUAAUGAGAGAGUAAAAAUAAAUUAAUAAUAUAUUUAUCAUCUUAUUUUGCAUCAGUUAUACGAUAUUACGACACACUUUUGACAUAGCGAACCAAUGAGAUUUCGUCAUGAAGUAUAACGUUUCAGGCGUUCUACAAAUAAGAGUAUAGAAGCUUAUCAAGAAAAAAAGUUAAAAUCUACCAAUAGCGGGACAUUUCUUAGCAACCUAUUGGUUAUUAUUUUUGGGACAGAUAAUUUGUAAAUGUGAAACGAUUGUAUUGUAUUGUUAAUUUCAUAAAAAAAAAAAAACAUAAAACAAGUAUAAAAUACUCUACACAGGUUUGAGAUCUACGAGAUGAGUCGAAAGGAAGCAUUAUCUCAGUUUAUUCAACAGAUUCAUGGACGUCCUGUUGUUGUAAAGUUAAAUAGUGGUGUAGAUUAUAGAGGUGUUUUAGCAUGUCUUGAUGGUUACAUGAAUAUAGCACUUGAACAAACAGAAGAAUAUGUGAAUGGCCAAUUAAAAGAUAAAUAUGGUGAUGCGUUUAUUCGUGGUAAUAAUGUAUUAUAUAUCAGUACACAAAAACGUAGAACAUAAAUAAAAAUAAAUGUAUUAUU